UCCACAUUUGUGCAGCACGAAAGCGAGCGACAGCCCACAAUCAUCGCAUAGCCAUGGAACUUCUGCCGGACAGCAUCGCGAUGGUCUCCCUGGCGGUGGCGGCCGCCGCCCUGUACGCGCGCGUUGCAUGCACGCGCCUCCGCCCCGGCUUGCCCCGCCUCGCCGCGCUCCUCCCGGUGAUCGCGUUUCUCGCCGCGGUCCCCAUGUCCUUCUCGUCGCCCAUGGUCCGGGGCAUUUCGGCCUUCAUUCUCGCGUGGCUCGGCGUGUUUAAGGUCGCUCUCCUCGCCGCCGGCCGCGGGCCGCUCGACCCCGCCCUCCCCGUGCUCCCUUUCGUCUUCACCACGGCGCUCCCAGUCAAGCUCAAGCGGCACCAUGACCGUCCCGACGCUGCAGCGGCAGCAAUGUCGUCCGGAGCUAAAUCAUCAUGGCUCGUUUCCUGCGCGGUCAAGGUCUCCGUCAUCGCCGCCGUCAUCCAUCUCCUCCAAUUCAAGAACCUGCAUCUCAACGUGCGCCUCGUUCUGUUUGGUAUCCACCUGUACUGCUUCUUGGACCUCAUCCUCCCCUGCAUCGCGGCCGCCGGCAGCGCGCUCGGUAUGGAGCUGGAGCCGCAGUUCAACAAGCCGUACCUGGCGUCGUCCCUCCGGGACUUCUGGGGCAGACGGUGGAACCUCAUGGCAUCCGCCAUCCUCCGGCCGUCGGUCUACGACCCCGUGCGCGCCCGGGCCGGGAAACCGGCUGGUGUCUUCCUCACGUUCAUCGUUUCCGGUCUGAUGCACGAGGUGAUAACCUGGUACCUCACCUGGCUACCACCCACUGGAGAGACGGUCGCAUUCUUCCUGCUUCACGGCGCGUGCUGCGUGGCCGAGGACUGGUGCGCGCGGCGGUGGGCGGUGAGGGGUUGGCCGCCGCCGCCACGGCCCGUGGCGACGGCGAUCGUCGCGGUGCUCGUGAUGAGCACAACGUUCUGGCUCUUCUUCCCGCCGCUCUACCGGGGUGGAGCGGAGGAGAUGCUGCUGGAGGAGUACGCAGCGCUGGCGGCGGGCAUCGCGGACGCCAGGCGGAAGCUGCUCCGGUAUGUUUGACGUCGCUAUUAAGAGUUGGAAGCGUCAGUCUCUGUCUCUAUGCAGUGCUAGGCAUAGCAAUCAUCAAUAAUAAUGAGAGGACGACGCCCCUGGUACACCUAACGCCUACAGUGGGUCAACAAUGUAGUGGCGUAUAAUAGUGCCAACAUGUUGUAAGGACGUCAUAAAAAUAAAUGCCUUUACAAAUUAUUUUAAAACAAGACUUGUUAUGGUCUUUUCA